CACCAUCAUCACGUUGUUCUCAGCUGAAGCAAGUCGUAGGAAUGUCUCGUACACUUUACAUCCUAUAUAAUGCCGACGCAUCUAUCAUGGGCAAAUUGAGGUAUGGUUAUCGAAAGAUAUGCCAUUCUUCGGAGGAGAACCCAGCUUGUGCAGCCUGUGACAUCACACAUGGUGGAUUGUCGUUGAAGGAAACACCAGCUUGGGUGGAAGCGAAGAAAGCAAUAGAAGCUGAGUCCGGAUACCACAUCGUGCAGUGGCAUAAAGACGAGCUGUCUGGAGAGGUGAAGAAGUUCGUGGAGUCCAACAGCAUCCGUUAUCCGACCAUUGUGUCGAGCGGAAGCGAUGGUGGUCUCUCAGAGAUAAUGAACAAUUUGGAGCUUGCGGCUUGUAAAGGCAAUGCACAAAGUGUCAUUUCGAGGCUUCGAGAGAAAGGCAUCAUGCAGCAGAAAGAGGUUUCUUCGUCUCUAUAGCUAGUUCCAUUAGAUACCAUUUGUCUAGCUCAGCGCCUGCACAAGCCACUUUGUCCUUUGUGCAAUGCCUAAGCAUACUAGAAAGGCCAUUGUCCAUGAG